AUGCAGUUACUGCUCGGUCUUUUAUUCGCCACGGUCCUUCCCGUAUUUUCUGCACCUACCUACAGAAGAGCUGCGACUGGGCUCAACAUUCUUACGAAGCCGACUGGUUCGAAUGCCGAUCCUAAUUCAUUCGAGUCCCAGUUUGGCUGCACGCCGGACCAAGUCACUGCCAUCAACAACGGCGUCAAUGAUGCUCUGUCCAUGACUCAAGCUGCCAUCACAGCCCUUUCUAACCCUCAAGUAACGAAAGACCCCAAGUUCAUGUACUCGCAAUUCCUUGGCACUGCGGCUCCGGCCGACGUCCUGUCCAAGCAGGUGCAACCACUAUCCGGAAAGUUCAGUCAGGCGCCUGCGCUCAUCACUACCAUGAACGGUGUCCCGGAUACGGAUGUCACCUUUAUAUGUGGGCCGCAAAAAGUGCAGCCGGACUCGAAACAGCCCGCAGUCGCAAGUACGCGUAAUAAGGGCGUUACCACCGUAUCACCAACCGACCCUAUCCAGUUGGAUGCGAACCUCAUUAUUCUCCGCCCGCAAUAUUUCGCGGCCUCGAGUCUGGCUGCUGCGAAAGCAGCGCUUAACAGCCCAGACCCGAAGGUUAUGGGUGCUCUUGGAUCCGUGCAAGGUAUGACGCUCGUUCACGAGGUGCAACAUUCUAUUCCUAUAGUAGGCGGCGCCAGGCUGCGUGACCUGAAAGCCGUCGACCCUAGGACGAAGAAAGAGGUCCGGAUGUAUAAUUUGAGGCAAUGUACUCAGGUGUUAUCUCCUGCUCAGAAGGCUUCCAAUGCGCAGAAUAUUGCAUGGUUUCCCGGACCUUUUCAAUACGUGUCCCGCCCCAUCCAGCGGAAAGACAGCCCCACGCCCCAGAUCCAUCUGGGAACGUGUAUGGGAGACCCUCAGGAAGAGAGCGUUCUCGCUGCCUCUGAGCAAGCAGAAAUCUGCACCGGGGAAGACACCAGUCAAGACGUCUCCGGCGAAGACGACGUUAAAAACUCAUUCUUCCUGACUGGUCUGAGAACCUACCGGGAGCUACGGGCCCAGGGAACGCAUGAUGCUAGCCCACUUUCAGGCAUCUUGUUCGGGGGCGAUCAGCUGCACCAGUGGGGCACGAAGGAGGCCGCACCGACGAGCAAAGGGGUAGGGUGGCAGCAGAGGACAGCAAUCUUCUUGGCCACACAACUGAGCUUCCAGAAGCAUUUCAUGUCUGGUUCUCUAGAGAUUCCUGCGUCCAUGAAAUCUUGCUCAAUCUCGCACCAGAGAUACGACGAGCGCGCAGGCGUGCGGAUCGAUUCUCGAACCGCGGAGGUCACCAAAGGAAACCAUUCGUCUAUGACAAGGAGUUAG